AUGUUUAUCCGCAUCUCCACCCGCCUUCCCUCCAAGUACCUCUAUGGCUUUGGGGAAACUGAGCACACAUCCUAUAGGAGAGACUUGGAGUGGCACACUUGGGGGAUGUUCUCCCGAGACCAGUCCCCAGGGUACAAGAAGAAUUCCUAUGGUGUCCACCCCUACUACGUGGGGCUAGAGAAGGACAGCAGUGCCCACGGAGUGUUCCUGCUGAACAGCAAUGCCAUGGACGUGACGUUCCAGCCCCUGCCUGCCUUGACAUACCGUACCACAGGGGGAGUUCUGGACUUUUAUGUGUUCUUGGGGCCAACUCCAGAGCUUGUCACCCAGCAGUACACUGAGUUGAUUGGCCGGCCUGUGAUGGUACCUUACUGGUCUUUGGGUUUCCAGCUGUGUCGCUAUGGAUACCAGAACGACUCUGAGAUCGCCAGCUUGUAUGAUGAGAUGGUGGCCGCCCGGAUCCCUUAUGAUCCAGCCAUUUCCGGCAAUGAGACACAGCCCUAUCCUGCCUUCACUCGGGGCUUGGAGGAUGACAUCUUCAUCAAAUACCCAAAUGAUGGAGACAUUGUCUGGGGAAAGGUCUGGCCCGAUUUUCCUGGUAUUGUAGUGAAUGAAUCUCUAGACUGGGACAGCCAAGUGGAGCUAUAUCGAGCUUAUGUGGCCUUCCCAGACUUUUUCCGUAAUUCAACUGCCAAGUGGUGGAAGAGAGAAAUAGAAGAACUAUACAACAAUCCGCAGAAUCCAGAGAGGAGCUUGAAGUUUGAUGGCCUAUGGAUUGAUAUGAAUGAACCAACAAACUUCAUGAAUGGAGCAGUUUCUCCAGGCUGCAGGGACGCCUCUCUGAACCGCCCUCCCUACAUGCCACAUUUGGAGUCCAGGGACAGGGGCCUGAGCAGCAAGACCCUGUGCAUGGAGAGUCAGCAGAUCCUCCCAGACGGCUCCCCGGUGCAGCACUACAACGUGCACAACCUGUACGGGUGGUCCCAGACCAGACCCACAUACGAAGCCAUGCAGGAGGUGACAGGACAGCGAGGGGUCCUCAUCAGCCGCUCCACAUUUCCGUCUUCUGGCCGCUGGGCAGGACAUUGGCUGGGAGACAACACGGCCGCGUGGGAUCAGCUGAAGAAAUCUAUCAUUGGCAUGAUGGAGUUCAGCCUCUUUGGCAUAUCCUAUACAGGAGCAGAUAUCUGUGGAUUUUUUCAAGAUGCUGAAUAUGAGAUGUGUGUUCGCUGGAUGCAGCUGGGGGCCUUUUACCCCUUCUCAAGAAACCAUAACACCAUUGGGACCAGGAGACAAGACCCUGUGUCCUGGGAUGCUGCUUUUGUGAAUAUUUCCAGAAAUGUCCUGCAGACCAGAUACACCGGUGUGGAUGUGAACGCAAGAGGAGAGUGGAAGACCUUACCGUCCCCUCUUGACCACAUUAAUCUUCAUGUCCGUGGGGGCUACAUCCUGCCCUGGCAAGAGCCUGCACUGAACACCCACUUAAGUCGAAAGAACCCUCUUGGUCUUAUCAUUGCCCUAGAUGAGAACAAAGAAGCAAAAGGAGAACUUUUCUGGGAUGAUGGGCAAACGAAGGAUACUGUGGAAAAUAAAGUGUAUCUGUUAUGUGAGUUUUCUGUCACUCAAAACCGCUUGGAGGUGAAUAUUUCACAAUCAACCUACAAGGACCCCAAUAAUUUAGCAUUUAAUGAGAUUAAAAUUCUUGGGAUGGAGGAACCUAGCAAUGUUACAGUGAAACACAAUGGUGUCCCAAGUCAGACUUCUCCUACAGUCACUUACGAUUCUAACCUGAAGGUUGCCAUUAUCAGAGACAUCAAUCUUCUCCUGGGAGAAGCCUACACAGUGGAGUGGGAUAUAAAGAUAAGGGAUGAUGAAAAAAUAGACUGUUACCCUGAUGAGAAUGGCGCUUCUGCAGAAAACUGCACUGCCCGUGGCUGCAUCUGGGAGGCAUCCAAUUCUUCUGGGGUCCCUGUUUGCUAUUUUGUCAACGAUCUAUACUCUGUCAGUAAUGUUCAAUAUAAUUCACAUGGGGCCACAGCUGACAUCUCCUUAAAGUCUUCCGUGUAUGCCAAUGCCUUCCCCUCCACACCCGUGAACCCCCUUCGCCUGGAUGUCACUUACCAUAAGAAUGAAAUGCUGCAGUUCAAGAUUUAUGAUCCCAACAACAAUCGGUAUGAAGUUCCAGUUCCUCUGAACGUACCCACGGUGCCAUCCAGCACCCCUGAGGGUCAACUCUAUGAUGUCCUCAUUAAGAAGAAUCCAUUUGGGAUUGAAAUUCGCCGCAAGAGUACAGGCACUAUAAUUUGGGACUCUCAGCUCCUUGGUUUCACCUUCAAUGACAUGUUUAUCCGCAUCUCCACCCGCCUUGCCUCCAAGUACCUUUAUGGCUUUGGGGAAACUGAGCACACAUCCUAUAGGAGAGACUUGGAGUGGCACACUUGGGGGAUGUUCUCCCGAGACCAGCCCCCAGGGUACAAGAAGAAUUCCUAUGGUGUCCACCCCUACUACAUGGGGCUGGAGGAGGAUGGCAGUGCCCACGGAGUGUUCCUGCUGAACAGCAAUGCCAUGGACGUGACGUUCCAGCCCCUGCCUGCCUUGACAUACCGUACCACAGGGGGAGUUCUGGACUUUUAUGUGUUUUUGGGACCAACUCCAGAGCUUGUCACCCAGCAGUACACGGAGUUGAUUGGCCGGCCUGUGAUGGUACCUUACUGGUCUUUGGGUUUCCAGCUGUGUCGCUAUGGAUACCAGAACGACUCUGAGAUCGCCAGCUUGUAUGAUGAGAUGGUGGCCGCCCAGAUCCCUUAUGACGUGCAGUACUCAGACAUCGACUACAUGGAGCGGCAGCUGGACUUCACCCUCAGCCCCAAGUUUGCUAGGUUUCCAGCUCUGAUCAAUCGCAUGAAAGCUGAUGGGAUGCGGGUCAUCCUCAUUCUGGAUCCAGCCAUUUCUGGCAAUGAGACACAGCCCUAUCCUGCCUUCACUCGGGGCUUGGAGGAUGACAUCUUCAUCAAAUACCCAAAUGAUGGAGACAUUGUCUGGGGAAAGGUCUGGCCCGAUUUUCCUGGUGUUGUUGUGAAUGAAUCUCUAGACUGGGACAGCCAAGUGGAGCUAUAUCGAGCUUACGUGGCCUUCCCAGACUUUUUCCGUAAUUCAACUGCCAAGUGGUGGAAGAGGGAAAUAGAAGAACUGUACAACAAUGUCUGGCCCGAUUUUCCUGGUGUUGUUGUGAAUGAAUCUCUAGACUGGGACAGCCAAGUGGAGGAUAUGAAUGAACCAUCAAGCUUCGUGAAUGGGGCAGUUUCUCCAGGCUGCAGGGAGACCUCUCUGAACCGCCCUCCCUACAUGCCAUAUUUGGAGUCCAGGGACAGGGGCCUGAGCAGCAAGACCCUGUGCAUGGAGAGUCAGCAGAUCCUCCCAGACGGCUCCCCGGUGCAGCACUACAACGUGCACAACCUGUACGGGUGGUCCCAGACCAGACCCACAUACGAAGCCAUGCAGGAGGUGACGGGACAGCGAGGGGUCGUCAUCAGCCGCUCCACAUUUCCCUCUUCUGACCCUGUGUCCUGGGAUGCUGCUUUUGUGAAUAUUUCCAGAAAUGUCCUGCAGACCAGAUACACCCUGUUGCCAUAUCUGUAUACCUUGAUGCAUAAGGCCCACACGGAGGGUGUCACUGUUGUGCGGCCUCUGCUUCAUGAGUUUGUGUCAGACCAGGUGACGUGGGUGUUUCAGACAGGAGCAGAUAUCUGUGGGUUCUUUCAAGAUGCUGAAUAUGAGAUGUGUGUUCGCUGGAUGCAGCUGGGGGCCUUUUACCCCUUCUCAAGAAACCACAACACCAUUGGGACCAGGAUGUGUAUAAGAGACAGGGACAUAGACAGUCAGUUCCUGCUGGGCCCAGCCUUCCUGGUCAGCCCUGUCCUGGAGCGCAAUGCCAGAAAUGUCACUGCAUAUUUCCCUAGAGCCCGCUGGUACGAUUAUUACACGGGUGUGGAUAUUAAUGCAAGAGGAGAGUGGAAGACCUUGCCAGCCCCUCUUGACCACAUUAAUCUUCAUGUCCGUGGGGGCUACAUCCUGCCCUGGCAAAAGCCUGCACUGAACACCCAGUUAAGCCGCCAGAAGUUCAUGGGCUUCAAAAUUGCCUUGGAUGAUGAGGGAACUGCUGAGGGCUGGCUCUUCUGGGAUGAUGGGCAAAGCAUUGAUACCUAUGGGAAAGGACUCUAUUACUUGGCCAGCUUUUCUGCCAGCCAGAAUACGAUGCAAAGCCAUAUAAUUUUCAACAAUUACAUCACUGAUACAAAUUCUUUGAAACUGGGCUACAUUGAAAUCUGGGGAGUGGGCAGUGUCCCCAUUACCAGCGUCAGCAUAUCUGUGAGCGGCAUGGCCAUAACACCCUCCUUCAACAAUGACCCCACGACACAGGUAUUAAGCAUCGAUGUGACUGACAGAAACAUCAGUGUACAUAAUUUUACUUCAUUGACAUGGAGAAGCACUCCGUGAAUUUUUAGAGCAAGAUUCUAACUAUGAACGACUUUGAAACUACUUCUACUUCAUGCUCAUAAAAAUUAUUGUGUGUUGCUAAUUGGUUCAUACCCACUGUUGGUGAAAUAUUUUUGUUAAUUUUGUUGUAUGUUUUAUGUGUGAACCCCAAAGGUUAAAUCUUAGCCCUGUGGGAUGGGCAGUUAGGGAGGUGUGGAAAAUCUAUGCAUUACCUGAAUGUCUCUAUGUGGUUAGUAUGGUAGUGAUUGUUCAUCAUAUGACAUUGACUGAAGAUGAACUGGGUCCAUGAUGAAGUAUGUGUAUGUCCAUGUGUGUAAUCAUGGAAUGGACCCCACUCUCUUGUUAAACACACAAGAAAAAGCUUUCGGUGGCAGUUCCAGGUCUUGAAGCUAAUCAGCAUCUCAAGAAAGUAUCCAGAAAGAACAUCUGCUAGUUGAUUAUAGGCAGCAGGAGGAAUAAUACACCUAAUUGGUUAUAGGUGGGGGGAGCAUGAUAAGCAAAGAAAAGGCAAACACAAGGAAAGAUCAGAGGAAACAGAAGAUGAUAGUAAAAGUGAUCAUAGUAAGAACAUAAUGUGAAAUUAUCAACAGCCUCAUGGGGAGGAAAAAGGAAGAGUCAACUCACCUGAGAGAAGAGGGUCUUGCGAAAUCUUUAGCAUAAAGGGCUAGUGGUGAGAUUGAGAUCUGAGCAGGCAAAGCUGAAAAGAGAGUUUGGAGGUUAAAAAUAAUUUAUUUUUGCAGUGGUGUGCUUUGAAGUGUGUAAAUCUUAUUUCUAAUGUAUAUAACCACAUUUCACAUAAAAAUAUGCAAUUUAUAUGCCAGAUAAAAAUAAAACAAGUGAAUUUGCAA